AUGGGUCAUACUCCACCAGUUAUGGGUCAAAGACCGUAUUUCCACCAGGCUACGGAUUAUUAUUACACUGGUGUGGGACAACAACCCAAUCCAGUUGCAUCUGGACAGACACCAGGACUAGGGAUCCCUCUUACCAACUUUUUAUCUGUUAACUAUGCUAGUUUACUGACGAGUUUCCUGCAGAGAGAAGGGGACCAAGUGGAUAUCAGAGUUACAAAGGUGAAUGGAUCACCACGUGUAAAAGUUACUACUAGUGUUGCUGAACAACCAUCUAGACCACCAAAAAGCCAACCAACUGCACCUGUGGCUAACAUUGAGACACCUCAAGUCUAUGAUCACAAAAAUGAUGAUUACAAGUUCGCAUUGGGUGUAGAACUUCGUGGAAGCAUAGGUAGUACUCUAAUUCAAGUCUACACGUUAUCAUCAAAUUCCUGGAAAACCGAGAAAACCAUGCCUUAUUGGUUUUGUCAGCAAACAGCUGGGGUGCUGGUUAAUGGAGACCUUCACUGGUUAGUGAUGGCUCAAUCCGACUUUACCUUACUCUCUCUGGAUAUCAGCGACGAGAUUUUUAACGAAAUGCAACUACCAGAAGAGCUUUUGGAGAAGGAUGAAGAUAUGUCUAUGGUUUUGGGAGUGUUGGAAGGGUCACUUUGUGCACUUGUCAGCUCAUACAUUAAUGAUGUGAAGAUUGGUUAUGAAGUAUGGGAGAUGCUGGAUUAUGGUGUUCAAGAAUCUUGGACUAAGCUUCAUGUCAUUGCCCAUGAGAGUAUUAUCAGCGCCAAUCAUUAUUUUAGGCUCGUGUGGUCUUCAAAGAAUGGAGAUAUUCUACUCUUGAGUCGCAGGAGCCUAGUUUUGUAUGAUCCAAAACAUGGAAGUGCUAGAGAAAUAAAAAUCAAUGCUAGAUUCUUGGACACUGACAGUUAUUUUGAAAGCUUAGUUUCUCUGAACUCUGGUACUUAUGUGGGGACAGAAGACGACUGA